AUGGCCUCAGGAUCCGGCCAAACCUUACCAUCCUACGAGUCUGGUGAAGGAAUUGCCACUCUACGCCGUCUGCUCAACGGGCUGCAUCGUCCGCGGGCAGGUCUACAUUCUGAACUCUUCUUUGAGAUACAUAGGGUUCAAUCUUUGGGUCCUGCCUGGAUUUCUCGGGUUCCCUCAGUAGAAGAAAGUAAUAUGCCUAGGGGAAACUGGUUUACCCCAAAUCCUUAUUUGGCCGACUCGGGCAUUUCUUCUUCUAAGUGGUCUUUUCAUCGUCGAGGCUUUCCCUUGGUGAAUGAUCUUGCCUGGGCCCAGUGGAUUGACGAAUUGGAACCUUCCUUCAAGCAGAAAUGGAUGAGUAACGGCAUCUACGAACUGAUUAUGCUUUCGAAGAUUUCAAUUACCCCUAAGCCCGAAUUGCUUGCUUCUGCCCUCCUCUUUUGGAAUACGGGCACAAACACCUUCGAUUUCCGUAUGGGUCCCAUGUCUCCCACCAUUCUUGAUAUGGCCCAAGUCUUCGGGUUGAGGCCAUCGGGCAGGGUGAUAGAUGUUACUCAAGAUUGGAUUCCAUCCUCUACCACCGGGGGCUCAAGUUCUUCCACCUACUUCCUUCCUCUCAGCUAUAACUCAGUUACUUUCAAAAGUUAUGGGACCUCCUUUAAAGGAUUCAUCCCUUUUGUCAAGAAGAACUUCGGGGCAGGCUCUCCUCAAGCCGACAAAGAUCAAGAGCAUAUGUACUUUCUUCUUUACUGGCUUAACAAACACGUCUUCCCCAACAAAUCCAAGGGGGUACGGGUAGAAUGGAUCCCCUUGGUAGAGGUUCUUCACAAUUUUGAUGACGUUGCCACAGGUCCAUUCCUUCUCUCCCAUCUCUAUCACCUUCUUUUUGACAUGACCCGGGAUGAGCCCUUUGAGACCAAUUUGAACGGCCCCAUCUGGAUGAUACAGAUUUGGCUACAAUGGUAUUUUCCAGAAUUUCGGGCUAUCAAUCUAGAGUUUCCAGAGGGUGUGGCUCCUGCCCGAAUCCUGGCUGAAGCUCCUCCUGUAGAUCAUUCCACCUUUGCAUGCUUCUACUUUUUCCGAGUCUGCAGGACUCGGUCAGACUUGGAAUGGGGUGCAUCGGUCUUGAGGAGAUAUCCUUGGUUUUCUGACCAAGCCUUCCAAGAUGCCCCUGGUGAGGAUGCUGCUCCCUUCUGCAGGGAAAAGUUUAUCAGCUGUAUUCAGCCAAGAGACUUGGCCUGGGGGGUCCGGGGAAAUCGGUAUGAUCGAGGCUUGGAGGUGUAUCAUCCUAACUUCUGCAGCAGGCAGUUAGGAUUUAGGCAAUCCAUACCUGUCCCAUUCUUCGACUCCAUCCAUUGUGGCACUUCAUUUCGGUUACAGACUCCUUCUGAAGCAAUAUUUCGAGCUGCCCGCCGUAGUUUGGACGUGAUGAGCCAAGCAGCCCGACAUUCCGUUGUUCUUAAUUUCGAAUGUACCUCGCUGUUUUCCUCUUGGUGGGAGGAAAUGUGGACUAGAAAAUACGGAGGAGAUUUGAAAGUGAACCACGAUCGUAUUUUCAGCCAGCUUUCUCUUAAAUCAUAUCCUAGCUCGAGCGAGCUUGCAAAUUGGAAAGAUAUGAUCCAAGAGAAAAACCGAUUACUCCUAAUAGGUGACUUUCUUCCCAUCCGAUUUUUCUUUCCUUGUUGUUUACUUUCCUCACUCUUACCUGUUUCUGCAACUUCAGUUGAUACUGAAUCCGAAGCCAUCGAAUCAGAGAAUGAUUCUGCUGAUGCCGCAGUUCUUCAUGGUGCUGCAGCAGAAGCUGAAAGGCGGGAAGCCGGGGAAGGGACAGACGUCUCAGAAUCUCUUGGGGAUUCAGGAGCCGAAGAAACAAUUAAAGAAAUAGCCAAAGAUACGACCAAAGCAUCUAAACGAAAGAGGGUGGCCAUAACUAAAACCACAAUCUCUGAUCCGGCACUUCCUUCAGCAACCACACGACCAAUUCUUACCCGAAAGAGUAAGCGGGCAAGAGUCACCGUGCCUCCUAAACCAGCAGCCCCAUCUGCUCCUGUUUCUGAAGCGGGUAAAGAGACAGAACAAUCUUCCAGACCUCAAGCUUCUAAAAGGUCAACCCUUGCUUCUAAGAAGGAAUCACGAAGGGCUGCUACGCUUAAAGAGGCUACAAGGAAAGAAAGUCUUUCUCCGCAACCUGCCCUAGAUGCAACCCCUUCUUCUCAAUUUGAUCCUUCCACAGGAAUCAUGUUGCAUUUUGUGGAUGAGGAUGAUACUUUGCCAUCUUCGGGAUAUGAACCCCUUUCCCCGUCAGUGGCCUUGGAUAAAGAACCCAUAGUUCCUGAGAUCCCUGUAGCUUUAGACACAACUAUUUCGCAAGCGCUUACUCGCCAGACGGUCGAUGAACCUCCUUCUUCUCCUCAAGAUCAACCUCAGGUGCUGGAAUAUUUUCUUCUUGUUUCUUCCUCUGGUGACCUUUUGCUGAUCAUCACUACUUUCUUCGGAUACAACCAGGAUGUAGGCACAGGUUCAGGCACAACUUUCCCAUCUUUCGCUGGUGGUGAAAAAUCUUCACCUCGACAAGGAGUUAGUGCAUUCUCUAGUGAAACCCCGGGGUUAAGUCAGCGAGCUUCCCCAAAAGAAACUUCCCCUCCUCCAAUGGCCCGUAACCCAAGGUGCUUUCAACCUCCUUCUUCCUCUGGAGAUGUUGACACCUCCCUGUCUAGAAAUGAACCGAUUGAACAAACAGAAAUUGCCCCUUCCAUAGGCAUUAUCUCACCAGAAGAAACUGUUAUGCCGGACCCUUCUCCUUCCUCCUCUGAUCCUGCCAAGUUGCCCAAAUUCUUCGAAGCACUCGGGCGACUUGAGACGCGGUUGAAGUUUUCAAAGCAGGCUUCAACAAAAUCUAUGUCUUCGGAGCAGCAACAAAUCUUUCAAACAUGGGCAAAGAAAGAAUUCACUGCAUCAUUUAGCCUCAAGGCUCUCUGUGACCUCGAGAGAGUCAUUACUGAGUUCUUUAAAAACGAUCGCUUAUCCAAGCCUCAGUAUGAUUCUUUCCUUUCUUUCUUUGAAAACUUGAGGGCCCUCAGGGAGCAACAUCAGAGAGCAGACCGGCUGGCUAACCGGGCAAAAUGCUUCAUAGAGAGAGAAUCGAGCUCCUCUACCCAAGUUAGUCGGCUGAUGGAAGAAAGUAUGCAGACCAAAGAACGGAUUGAAGUUGUUUCUUCUGAAAUUCAGAAGUUGGAGAGACAACUGAUGAUCCUUAAAGCGGAGCAAACAACUCUUCUGGAUAACCUUGAGCAACAGAUCGAAGGGGUGGAAAAAGCGACUUCAGAGUUAGAGCAAACCAAGUCUGAACUUGUAAACAGCCAUACUGUCUUGGCUGAACCAAAUAGGAUUUUUACCAUCAUGCGAACAUACCAUUCUAGAAUAAUCACCUUAUGUGAAGAUGUAAAGUUUUUGGAAUAG